AUGGACACGCUUAAAAGCCUAGUGGAUCAAUAUCGGGAUGCACUGAAUGCAUUGAGUAAACAUGCAAAGAAGUAUGAGAAGCUCGGUGAUCAAAACCGAUCGUCACUGAAGAAGUUCUGGGAUGGGAUAAAGUGGUCGGCUGAAGCAUCUGAUCUAGACAUCUCGAGAAAUAAGUUGGUUUAUCUCAACGGUAUUCUUGGCCUUGUCCUGAUUUCCACCGGAAAUUCAUCCUUGCAACGUAUACACUCCAUGUCUUUGAAAGUAGAGCAGGGUGUCAGUGAGAUCAAAUGGAUAAUCAAAAACUCCCAGCUCAAAGUACCGUUGAUCUCUGCGAUCGAGGACGACCGAAUCUUUGCCCUUUCCCUCAGUGAGAAAUUCAUAGAGCGCGCCGAAUCUCAGCGAAAGUGGUCUGCCAUCGGAGUUGAUCAAUGGAUCUCUGCAGGGACAUGGUGGCUCCUGAAGUCACAAUCAAGUAUUCAGAAGCGCCCAUCUUCGUCAGCUCCCGGCGAUAGUAAAUCAUUCCAAUGGUAUGCAGACUUGAUUAAAGCGGCAUGGAUUUUAAUCGACAUAAUUGCACGACACCCGCAAUUAGACUUUCUUGAUUCAAAUACCGCGAUUCGUGUGGAAAUACUUGUAGAGACCAUCAAAAGGGAGCUCCAGAAAGUUGAUACCUUAGGACUUGAGAAGCCGAAAUUCGAGCAAAUCGAAACCUGUGACUUGUUGAUCUGGGAGAACGAGGGUAGAGGCCCUGCUUUACAGCCUAAAGCAGGUAUUCUUGGAUCAGGUUCGGGAUGGGUGGUUGAGGAUGAGUUUAUCUUAUUCCAACAGAUGCAUAUGAAGGCUGAGGGUAGUGUUCUCAUCAUGGGGGAUCAAGAAAUUCAUCUCUCAACUCCAAAUGAUGUAAAGACUUUGCACGUGACCAUGGAAGCUUUCAGCGAAUACAUUUGGCGGUGUCAACGAUAUGACAACAACUCAGAGGUGGUAAUAGGUUUAUCUGCACUCGUUGCUGUAAAAUUCGGGUAUCAAUCUGUCAUUGAAAGUAUGCUUGAGGGAAAGACAGGCCUAGACAAUGAACUCAAGAAGGGCUCCCCUGAGGAAAGCUACCCAUACAGAGCACGUCAAAUAGCUCAGGAUAGCCUUCGAAAGCCCACCGAGAACGAUGUUCUUGAGGUCGACCUUUACCCAAGUUUAACCCUUUUCACCUGGGCUGUGCAUACCCACCGAAGUGAUAUUGCACUUUUGAUAUUAGAGCUCAAAGGCAUCACAAUGAGCUUAGAAGAGAAGAACACAUGGGAUAGUUUACCUGGUGCCGCCCGUGAAGGUAAUUCAGCUCUUGUGACCCUCUGGCUAUCAGAGGACCCGUUGAUUGAUCUAUCAACCAUGGGAUGCGUAUGGGCGUUUGGAGACGCAGUAACUAGGGGACAUCUAGAAGUUGUCAAUUCAUUUCUGGAUAAGGGCUUCUUGGAUACCUCAGUAGGGGUAAAUGAGAUGUGCUAUUAUUAUAGUCUAGAGAAGGCUAUAUAUAGAGGGCAUAUACCAGUUGUGGAAAGACUUUUUCAGGUGACCACUAUGCCCAAAAUGCACCACACCUUACAGAAACAAUAUUGGAAUGAUCUCUUUUUGUCAGCCGUACGAAUCGAACACAUUGGUAUCCUAAGUAAACUUCUAGAAUCAGGUGCGGAUAUAAAUGCGCAGGACCUGUAUGGGUUUACUGGGCUUUUGCGUGCCGCGCAUGGGAGUGAAUUUCACAUUGUUAACUGGUAUCUGGAGGCAGGCGCCAAUGUUGAGUCACAAGAACCACGUGGGAACACUUCACUUCUGCUAGCCGCAUACAGAGGCCAUCUGCCUCUUCUUAACCGUCUUCUGGACGCUGGCGCCGAUGUGAACAUGAAGAAUCGUUCCGGACUUAGCUCUCUUUCGGUUGCCGCAGGGGAAGGCUAUCUCUCUAUUGUCAACAGACUCCUGGAGGUGGGCGCCGACAUGGAGGUAAAGAACAACUACAUGGGGGACACCCCACUUAUGCUGGCCACAGAGAAAGGCCACCCAAACAUUGUCGAUAGACUUCUGGACGCUGGUGCGGAUGUAAACGUAAAGAAUCGUUACGGACUUAGCCCGCUUUUAACAGCCGCAGGGAACGGCGAUCUCUCUAUUGUGAACAGACUUUUGGAGGCAGGCGCUGGUGACCAUACGAGAGCUUAUGUGGUGGCGCUUUCAAUGGCCGCAUCCUCUGCAUAUCUAGCUAUUUUCAACAGACUUCUAGAGUUUGGCGGUGAUGCUAGGUGGGAGUGGUGA